GUCCUUAGUUUCACUUCCCUCGCUGUCAGUGGAGCUGUUGCAGUGGGCAGUGUCAGAAGCAACAUCCGUUUAGCACUGCCAAUUCGACCCCCAGCCCCAUCUUAUACUGGCCUGCCACCCUGCUUCUGUGGGGUGCCUCAGAGGAGAGCAAGGUGAACCCAACUAUGGAACUGAGACAUGGCUUUGACAACACUGUUGAUCCCGUUUGGAAAAUCCAGCUGUAUGAGGAAACUGAAGUGGAGGAGUAGUGAAGAGCUUGUCCAACGUUGUAGCCCUGUAAUCAACGGGACAACAGUUUUCUUGCUGAUGUGUCAAGAUGGCAUCAUGAGCUGGUUGUUCACCGUAAACUGUAAUACAAUCCUGUUUAUGGACGUGUUUACAUAUUUUUCCCUGCAUAGGGAAGCCUUUCUUCCAUAGCUCAGAACACACUCCUAGAUCGAGCCAACAGGAGAACUUUCUGUGGAGACUUUAAAAAAGACUCAUCCGUAUGCCGUGUUCACUGCCUGGUAUCUUAGUGAGGACCGAAGCCUAAGGACCCUGAGAACGGCUGCAGAUGAAGAUGGAAAGCACCCGCUGCAAGCUGGCCAGGUACCUGGAGGACCUGGAGGAUGUGGACUUGAAGAAAUUUAAGAUGCACUUAGAGGACUAUCCUCCUCAGAAGGGCUGCAUCUCCCUCCCGAGGGGUCAGACAGAGAAGGCAGAUCACGUGGAUCUAGCCACGCUAAUGAUUGACUUCAAUGGGGAGGAGAAGGCGUGGGCCAUGGCCGUGUGGAUCUUUGCUGCCAUCAACAGGAGAGACCUUUAUGAGAAAGCAAAAAGAGAUGAGCCGAAGUGGGGUUCAGAUAAUGCACGUGUUUCUAAUUCCACCGUGAUAUGCCAGGAAGACAGCAUGGAAGAGGAGUGGAUGGGUUUACUGGAGUACCUUUCAAGAAUCUCUAUUUGUAAAAAGAAGAAAGAUUACUGUAAGAAGUACAGAAAGUACGUGAGAAGCAGAUUCCAGUGCAUUGAAGACAGGAAUGCCCGUCUGGGUGAAAGUGUGAGCCUCAACAAACGCUACACACGACUGCGCCUCAUCAAGGAGCACCGGAGCCAGCAGGAGAGGGAGCAUGAGCUUCUGGCCAUCGGCAAGACCAAGACGUGCGAGAGCCCCGUGAGUCCCAUUAAGAUGGAGUUGCUGUUUGACCCCGAUGAUGAGCACUCUGAGCCUGUGCACACCGUGGUGUUCCAGGGAGCGGCAGGGAUUGGGAAAACAAUCCUGGCCAGGAAGAUUAUGUUGGACUGGGCAUCGGGAACGCUCUACCAAGACAGGUUUGACUAUCUGUUCUAUAUCCACUGUCGGGAGGUGAGCCUUGUGACACAGAGGAGCCUGGGGGACCUGAUCAUGAGCUGCUGCCCUGACCCAAACCCACCCAUCCGCAAGAUCGUGAGCAAGCCCUCCAGAAUCCUCUUCCUCAUGGAUGGCUUUGACGAGCUGCAGGGUGCCUUUGACGAGCACAUAGGACCGCUCUGCACUGACUGGCAGAAGGCCGAGCGGGGAGACAUUCUCCUGAGCAGCCUCAUCAGAAAGAAGCUCCUUCCCGAGGCCUCUCUGCUCAUCACCACGAGACCUGUGGCCCUGGAGAAACUACAGCACUUGCUGGACCAUCCUCGGCAUGUGGAGAUCCUGGGUUUCUCUGAGGCCAAAAGGAAAGAAUACUUCUUCAAGUACUUCUCUGAUGAGGCCCAAGCCAGGGCAGCCUUCAGUCUGAUUCAGGAGAAUGAGGUCCUCUUCACCAUGUGCUUCAUCCCCCUGGUCUGCUGGAUCGUGUGCACUGGACUGAAACAGCAGAUGGAGAGUGGCAAGAGCCUUGCCCAGACAUCCAAGACCACCACUGCGGUGUAUACCUUCUUCCUUUCCAGUUUGCUGCAGCCCCGGGGAGGGAGCCAGGAGCACCGCCUCUGCGCCCACCUCUGGGGGCUCUGCUCUUUGGCUGCAGAUGGAAUCUGGAACCAGAAAAUCCUAUUUGAGGAGUCUGACCUCAGGAAUCAUGGGCUGCAGAAGGCAGAUGUGUCUGCUUUCCUGAGGAUGAACCUGUUCCAGAAGGAAGUGGACUGCGAGAAGUUCUACAGCUUCAUCCACAUGACUUUCCAGGAGUUCUUUGCCGCCAUGUACUACCUGCUGGAAGAGGAAAAGGAAGGAGGGACCAACGUUCCAGGGAGUCGUUUGAAGCUUCCCAGCCGAGACGUGACAGUCCUUCUGGAAAACUAUGGCAAAUUCGAAAAGGGGUAUUUGAUUUUUGUUGUACGUUUCCUCUUUGGCCUGGUAAACCAGGAGAGGACCUGCUACUUGGAGAAGAAAUUAAGUUGCAAGAUCUCUCAGCAAAUCAGGCUGGAGCUGUUGAAAUGGAUUGAAGUGAAAGCCAAAGCCAAGAAGAUGCAGAUCCAGCCCAGCCAGCUGGAAUUGUUCUACUGUUUGUACGAGAUGCAGGAGGAGGACUUCGUGCAAAGGGCCAUGGACUAUUUCCCCAAGAUUGAGAUCAAUCUCUCCACCAGAAUGGAUCACGUGGUUUCUUCCUUUUGCAUUGAGAACUGUCAUCGGGUGGAGUCACUUUCCCUGGGGUUUCUCCAUAACAUGCCCAAGGAGGAAGAGGAGGAGGAAAAGGAAGGCCGACACCUUGAUACGGUCCAGUGUGUCCUCCCAGGCUCUCGUGCUGCCUGUUCCCACAGAUUGGUGAACAGCCAUCUCACUUCCAGUUUUUGCCGGGGCCUCUUUUCAGUUCUCAGCACCAGCCAGAGUCUAACUGAAUUGGACCUCAGUGACAAUUCUCUGGGGGACCCAGGGAUGAGAGUGUUGUGUGAAACGCUCCAGCAUCCUGACUGUAACAUUCGGAGAUUGUGGUUGGGGCGCUGCGGCCUCUCGCAUGAGUGCUGCUUCGACAUCUCCUUGGUCCUCAGCAGCAACCAGAAGCUGGUGGAGCUGGACCUGAGCGACAACGCCCUUGGGGACUUCGGGAUCAGACUUCUGUGUGUGGGACUGAAGCACCUGUUGUGCAAUCUGAAGAAGCUCUGGCUGGUCAGCUGCUGCCUCACAUCAGCGUGUUGUCAGGAUCUUGCGUCAGUAUUGAGCACCAACCGUUCCCUGACCAGACUCUACAUGGGGGAGAAUGCCCUGGGAGACACAGGAGUCGCAAUUUUAUGCGAAAAAGCCAAGAAUCCACAAUGUAACCUGCAGAAACUGGGGUUGGUGAAUUCUGGCCUUACGUCAGUCUGUUGUUCAGCUUUGUCCUUGGUACUCAGCACUAAUCAGAAUCUCACGCACCUUUACCUGCGAGGCAACACUCUUGGAGACAAGGGGAUCAAGCUACUCUGUGAGGGACUCUUGCACCCUGACUGCAAGCUUCAGGUGUUGGAAUUAGACAACUGCAGCCUCACGUCACACUGCUGCUGGGAUCUUUCCACACUUCUGACCUCCAGCCAGAGCCUGCGGAAGCUGAGCCUAGGCAACAAUGACCUGGGCGACCUGGGGGUCAUGAUGUUCUGUGAAGUGCUGAAACAGCAGAGCUGCCUCCUGCAGAACCUGGGGUUGUCUGAAAUGUAUUUCAAUUAUGAGACAAAAAGGGCGUUAGAAACACUUCAAGAAGAAAAGCCUGAGCUGACCAUCGUCUUUCAGCCUUCGUGGUAGGGGUGGAAGCAGGGCUGCAGACGCCAGUGUUCUCGGGCCUCCAGCCGGGGGUCCUCAGGUGGAGUGAGCUGCCAUCCUUCCAGGCCAAGAGCGCAGCUCUGUGAUCCUUCCGGUGCAGUGUGGGAGAAGAGAGCCUGCCCGCCAUGCCUUCGUGUGGGGAGAUGGGGCAUCUCCUUUGCGCCCGGGCGAGGAAGACACCAGGGCAAUGACAGCAUCGGAUGUUGUUCUCAUCACAGCGCCUCAGUUAGAGGAUGCUCCUCUUGGUGACCUCAUGUAAUUAGCUCGUUCAAUAAAGCACGUUCUUUGUCUUUAUUUUUCUCUUCUCACUGUCUAACUUUCUUUUUCUAUCAUUUUUUUCUUCUUUGUUCUGUUUACUUUUGCUCAUAUCAUCAUUCCUGCUCUCUUUCUAUUAACUGACCAUAACACAGAACUAGUUGACUAUAUAUUAUGUUAAAAUUUUAUGGCAGCUAUUUAUUUAUUUAAAAUUUUUGUAAUACUGUUGUUUUCUAAUAAGAAUGAUUCAUGCUUUUUGUAGCUAGUUGAAAAUUCAGGAAUAUGUAAAACUUUUUUUUGUAUGUAUUUAAUUAAAUUGUUUCCUUUUCUUAAUUUUAAAAAA